AUGGAUUUCUCCGACAGCAACAUGUGGCGUGAUCUUCUACUUCAAGCAGUCCUAAUUCUAGCUACAGUUCUCAUGUUCCUUUUCAUGUACAAUAUUCCCCAGAAAUUCUUCUCGAAGCUUCGUCUACGAAACCGAGCCGACAUGCAAGCGAAGCGCCAUUUCGUCCAAGGAGCUCAGGUUCUUUCCCAAGCCAAAUCAUCCGCCGCCAAGGAUCGAUCCGCCGCCGCUUCGCUUGCCAAAUCGGCUGAAUCCGAAGCGGACUCAGCCAUCGCUUUAGACCCGAGAGAUGCCGCGGCUCACAUACUCAAGGCUUUAGCUCUCGAUUUGCAGGGAUUUAAGACGUCAGCUCUUGAUUCGCUUGAUAUCGCGCUUUCGCCGUUAGCGGUGAAGUCGCUGUCGGAGCCGGAGAAAGCGGAUGCUUUGUUUAAGCGAGCUAAGAGUUGCGUUCGGUUGAAGGGCGAUAAUGUUAAGGCUUUUUGUUUGUUGGGCGAUUGUUACGAGAAAAAGGGCUUAAAGGAGGAGGCCCAAGAGGUUUAUGAAAAAGCCCUAAAAGUUCAGCCCAAUUUUGCUCCUGCUCGAGAGGCACUUGACCGAUUGAAUUCGGAGUCUUGA